GUGACGUCAGGACGCCUCGCGGGUUCCAGGGCCCCAGUCCCGGCCCCCGAGUCCCGGGCGAGGGCGGGGCGUCGGGCCAGCUGAGCUAUUCCGUCAGACCGCGCCAGUUUGAAUGAAUGUCCCACAAGAUGGCGGCGGCCGAGGCCGAGGCGCGAGGAGCUUGGUGUGUGCCUUGCCUAGUUUCACUUGAUACUCUUCAGGAAUAUUGUAGAAAAGAAAAGCUCACAUGUAAAUCGAUUGGAAUCACCAAAAGGAAUCUAAACAAUUAUGAGGUGGAAUACUUGUGUGACUACAAGGUAUUAAAGGAUAUGGAAUAUUAUCUUGUAAAAUGGAAAGGAUGGCCAGAUUCUACAAAUACUUGGGAACCCUUACAAAAUCUCAAGUGUCCGUUACUGCUUCAACAAUUCUCUAAUGACAGGCAUAAUUAUUUAUCUCAGGUAAAAAAAGGCAAAUCAGUAAUUUCAAAAGACAAUAAUAAAGCUUUGAAACCUGCUGUUGCUGAGUACAUUGUAAAGAAAGCCAAACAAAGGAUAGCUCUGCAGAGAUGGCAAGAUGAACUCAACAGAAGAAAGAAUCAUAAAGGAAUGAUAUUUGUUGAAAAUACUGUUGACUUAGAGGGUCCACCUUCAGACUUCUUCUACAUUAAUGAAUACAAACCAGCUCCUGGGAUCAGCUUAGUCAAUGAAGCUACAUUUGGUUGUUCAUGCACAGAUUGUUACUUUGAGAAAUGUUGUCCUGCUGAAGCUGGAGUUCUUUUGGCUUAUAAUAAGAACCAGCAAAUUAGAAUCCCACCUGGUACCCCCAUCUAUGAAUGCAACUCAAGGUGCCGAUGUGGACCUGAUUGUCCCAAUAGGAUUGUGCAAAAAGGCACGCAGUAUUCACUUUGCAUCUUUCGAACUAGCAAUGGCUGUGGCUGGGGUGUAAAAACCCUUAUGAAGAUUAAAAAAAUGAGUUUUGUCAUGGAAUAUGUUGGAGAGGUAAUCACAAGUGAAGAAGCUGAAAGACGGGGGCAGUUAUAUGACAACAAAGGAAUCACAUAUCUCUUUGAUCUGGAUUAUGAAUCUGAUGAAUUCACAGUGGAUGCAGCCCGAUAUGGAAAUGUGUCUCAUUUUGUGAAUCACAGUUGUGACCCAAAUCUUCAGGUGUUCAAUGUUUUCAUCGAUAACCUCGAUACUCGUCUUCCCCGAAUAGCAUUAUUUUCCACAAGAACCAUAAAUGCUGGAGAAGAGCUGACAUUUGAUUAUCAAAUGAAAGGUUCUGGAGAUGUAUCUUCAGAUUCUAUUGACCAUAGCCCUGCCAAAAAGAGGAUCAGAACUGUAUGCAAAUGUGGAGCUGUGACUUGCAGAGGUUACCUCAACUGAAUUUUCAGGAAAUAGAGCUGAUGAUAAUUGUAGUCCCCCCCACCAAUGUUACACUUUAAAAAAAUAAGUAUUUGGGACUCUUUCUUACUAUCAGGAUUAUACUUAUGUUAAUUUACAAUUCACGUUUCAAGACAUUUGCCAAAUAUAUUACUGUUGCUUCUGAAGAGGACACAGGGUCACGUAACCGAAUUUAAAGUAUACAUAUUUGGUGGUUAGACAUCAAACAUGGAAGACAAACUAUGGCUCAGCAUGUGUAUAUUUAUGAAGUCUGUGUGAACAGAGACGUGCUCCCUUCACUGUUUGAAAAGUGUUGAAAUGAUAAGGUAAUGAAUGCUGAGAUGAAAAAUUCAUCUUGCCUUAUACCUUGGUUUCAAAGAAAUAGUUGAAUUUGGGCUGUAUACAAGUUCUAUUUUUGUUAUUAUAUUCCUAUUUAAUACCCACUGGUCUUGUUUUGAGACAAAUAGGUGAUACUGAAUUUUUUUACUCUAAUUUUCUACUUUUUCAUUAAAACCUUGGCAUUUUCAUGAUAUAAAAAUUAAGGUAUAAAAUUAAAUGUAAAAAAUUUUAAUUUUAAUUUUAGCUUUAUUUCAUAUUUUGAAGUGAUCUAGACCCUUAUAAAGGCUGUAUGUCUCAACCUGAAAUUCUUACAUGAUUUUAAUCCUGUAGAAUAAAAAUCUCCAAAAGCCCUCUAUAAAGAUCCAGAAUGACUGGCUAUUAUGCUUCCUUGAAAGGACAGGACAGGUGAACCAGCAGGCUUUUUGGAGUGCCAUGGCAGGGGAAAUGGAGCACUUUGAGCACUCCACUUAGCAUGAAACAGGAGAUCCAUGUUGAGUAUCUCUGGUCUAAACCUUGAAACAGGAGACCUGAGGAGCAGCUGUACUUAAUGAUAAUGUAAUACACCCUGUCUUUACAUCCUUUCAAUUUUAGGCAGUUUUAAUGUUUCCUUUCCAUCAGAUUCAAUUAUUUUUAUAUUUCCUGCAGGUUCUUCUUAAAAAGUAAUCUAUAUUUGAACUGAUACUUGUUUUAUAAUGAAUUUUUAAGAUAUGAUAAAGCUAAACUUGGCCAAAGUCUAUGCCUGAAUUGAGACCUUUUAUUAGUUAAUAAUGACUGAAUGGGAAGAUUUCCCCCAUGUAUAGUAAAACCUCAAUCAGGAAAACUGUUUUCAUCUCUGAUUCUGGGAUUUCUAAUCAUGGUGUCCCAACAUGAAGAUGCCACAAAUCUAGCUUCCAGUAUUCCUAAUUAAUCCUGCCUAAGCUCACUGCUCUAGGCUUUAAUGAUCUACAGUAACCUGGGGUAACACUGAACUGAUUCAAGAAUGUAGUACUUUAAAAUAUCUUCCUGAUUCUUAACUCCUUUUUAGUACACUUUAUUAUUCACUAUAUUGCUAUCACAUGACUUUGCUCUUUCAUAAUGUAGGAAAAUUGUUUGCAUGUUUGGAGCCUCAUAGUGUCUGCUAACCAAAAAUUACAGAAUGUGUCAAGAUAAAAAAUAUUUUUUAAUAGCAUUUCUUGUGUUUUCUUUAUGAAAAAUUUAGUUACGUGAUUUCAAUAGUAAGAGAGUAUCACAAAUUUACAUGUUUCCCCCCUGGCGGCAAAGCUUAUUUUGAAUUAUCUUUCUCAUAGGUUUAAAGGUUUAAUUUUUUUAGCCAGUAUUUUACUAUCUAAUUAUUUAAUCUCAUCUACUGUCUGGGUUUUUUAAAAGAUGUAAAACUGGAGGACAAAAGGAAAAAGACUUUUCUUGUUGUUUUGUCCUUACUAAUAGAAAUUUAAUAGGUCUUUGAGUACUUGUGUUACCUCUAUGUUAAAAAGCUGAGCUUAGGCAGUAAAAUAAUAGGAACUAUUAAAAUGAAGCUGUUAGAGACUAACUAUUUUAAUCAACAUUUAGUUUCUUCUUUUUGAUUUCCUAAAGACAUCAGAAUUUGUUCUCAAUAUAAUGCAGGUAUUCUAGGGUAAUAGAGCAAAUCUGAGUUAUCUGUGCAAGUUUUAAGACCAUCAUUCCCAGUAUUAAUGUAGGAUUGUAAUAUACAAUUGGAAAUCUCAUGAGUUUUUCUCCCAAAUUUUCAAAAUUUAGACCGUACUUCUUUUAGUUCAGUUUUUCCUUAGCAAAAUAAAUUUAGUUUGGCAUUUGAUAGUCCAUUUACCAAGGCUUAACUUCAUUUGCUUUUGAAUGUUUCCAGUAGAAUGCAGAAAGAUACUGAUAACAUUUCUAUCUGCUGAUAUUAACCAAAGAUUUCUAUACAGUUCCUUUAUGGGUUCAUGCAUUUGGGUAUUAAAAGUACAACUGAACGUAGUUAGCACAAUAUGGACAGAUACUGUGUAUUUGAAAUUUUUAUGCUAUUAGUUACUAGGUCCUUUAACUAUUGUAAGUUUGCCUUGAAAUACAAAGAAAUUUUAGAAUUCAGAACUAGUAUUAAUAAGCCUUAGGCCCUUUAUGUGUAUACUAAUGUACUUCUCAUAAAUCUAGAAGGUUGUUGCCGUCAUUCCUUUAUUACACCUAAGGUAACAGGAUUAGACUGGGUAGGUAACAUUAAUGUGCCCAAGAUCAUCCAAUUACUAGGCUGAAAACUAUACCUAUUUUAUAAGUAUUCAGGGAUACUUAAAAAAAAAAAAAAUCAGUGUCUAUUCUUAAAAUUUUUAGGUCCUGGGAUUCAACUUUUU